GCAAACCAUCGCCAGGUCCCGGCCCACCGGCUCCAUCGCCCUGGGCUGAGCCCGCAUCUCGCCGGCGGCUUUCGGGAUGGAUUUCGCCGCGCAAAUAUUUUAUCAAGGGGCUGGCACGGUUUGCUGUCCUCCACCGCAGCGCCCGCCCUUGCAUCCUGAACCUCACACCUUUUCGCCGCUGCAAACCUCUGCCCGCAGCCCAACAGUCCACGGAGCGGCGGAAAACGUCAGGGAAGAACAAUGGCGUCCAGGCCCGCUGCAGACCCCCGCGCGGGGGCGCAUCCCGAGCCACUCGCCAGCGAACAAGUCCCCAAGCAGCCGUCGCCCAGCUCGUCCGCCGCCGAGAAGGAGUCGGAGGACGAGGCCGAGGCCGAGGUCGAGGGGACGAAGCCGCACCCGCCCAUGUCCUGGAAGGUCGCGGCCGUCGUGCUCAUCUCGUGCAUCAGCUUCGGCUCCUCGUGGAGCUCGGGCAUCACGGGCGCCCUCAAGUCGACGCUCAAGCGCGAGCUCCGCAUCAACAACAAGCAGUUCUCGCUGCUCGAGGCCAGCGAGGACUUCAUGGUCACCCUCCUGAUCCUCCUCAGCGGCGUCGUGACCGACAGGAUCGGAGGGGCCGGCGCCAUGCUCUACGGCAACGCCAUCUACUCGGCCGGGUCCGUCGUCGUCGCCGCCGCCGCCCAGGUCCGGUCCUUCGACCUCAUGAUCGGCGGGCGCGUGGUCUUGGCGCUCGGCGACAUCGCCACGCAGGUGGCGCAGUACAAGGUCUUCAGCUCGUGGUUCUCGCCCAACAACGGUUUCGCGUCGACGCUGGGCCUCGAGCUGGCCAUCAAGAAGAUGGGCGGCUUCGUCGGCAAGUCGUCAGCCAACGUCAUCGCCAAGAACACGGGCAACUUCGCCUGGGUGUUUUGGAUCGCCGUCCUGAUGAACGUCUUCACAAACCUCCUCACCUGGGCCUUUUACCGCUUCAACGCCGUCGCCCACGCAAGGUUCGGCAACGUCACCGACCCCGCCACGGGCGAGAAGCUCACCGAGAAGUCCAAGCGGUUUGAGCCCCGCAAGGUCCUGGAGCUGCCCUGGGUCUUUUGGGCCGUCAUAGCCUUCUCCAUGUUCGAGACUAGCACCGCCAUCGUCUUCACCCAAAACGCCACCGAGCUGGCCGAGCGGAGGUUCAAGACGGACGCCAUCACCGCCGGCUGGUACUCUGCGACCCUGCAGUAUGCCGGCUUCUUCAUCGUCCCGUGCAUUGGCGCCUUUAUCGACCUUUUUGGCAAUCGAAUAACCUUGCUCACCAUCUGCGGCGCCGGCGUCUUCCUGGCCAUGGCCCUGGUCACCUGGGCCACCGACGUCAAAGGAACGGCUGCUGCCUUUGGCGUAUACGCCGUCGCCUACACCCUGGGCCCUACCUCCAUCAUCGACAGCAUACGUACGUCGCUGUGGCACGGGUCGACUUUCGGUUCCGCCUAUGCCGUCAAGAUAGCCACCAACAAUGCCAUGAACAUCAUCGUGCGCGUCACCACCGGCGCCAUCCAGGACGCCGACAACGACAGCUACAGCCGCGUCGUCGUCGUCUACGCCGUCCUCGCCGGCGCCUCAGUCCUAGUGUCGGCCGCCCUCGUCGCGCUGUCCUGGUGGUCCGUCGACCUCGGGAACCUGCAGUGGACCAGGAGGCAGCGCAUCGCCAACGGCGAGCUGUGGAACGAGCGCAAGCGGGCCUUUUACGAGGACAACGGGGCGCGCAACAAGGGCAUCUCCAAGGCCUGCUUCGGGGCCCUGAUCGUACUGAUUCUUGGGUCCUGGUCGGCGUAUUUCUGGGGUGUCGCGACUGGUCGCAGCUGAUCCUGGUGCUAUCGUUGAAGGGGUAUGGGCGGCUGACAAAGGGUCGGGUGGCUACAUGUUGCUUUGUCCGAGCAUCACGCAGCUGGCCAAUCAUACAGAAGAAUUGCUGCUUGCGGCAUGCACGUCAUCGAGCCGUGCCGACUGCGCAGGCCGAAGUGGUGGGCAGUUGCGGUUUGGGGAAGACUGGAGAUCUGAAGCAAGGGUACAUACGGUCCCAGGAUUACAAAAAUCGAUUUCUAUGGUGGAACUUCCUAAUUAGGCCACGUGCCCGGUGGAAUUUAAAUCCUAUUGGGCCGGGUCUGCGGACUGGCAGGUAAUAGGUAGGCAGAGUCGCGGGUACGCUGAUUUCCAUGGUGAUGGCGCCUCGUGAACAGUUGGAUUAUGGGUUUGAUAGCUGUUGGCGGACGAUGUGUGGGAAAUUUCCCCUCACUGUUAGCCUGUCAUGGAGACCCGGCGGGCGGGGGAUUUUGGGGUUUGGCGUGUUAUUUAUCAGAGCCGAUCUAUCUACCAGAAAUGACAUCAGAAAGACGAAGCGGUAAUCGUGAGGAACUAUUUGUCAAUGCUG